AUUUUUCUUUAAUUUGGAAAUCUUAAAUGAUCGUCAACAGAUGUUAGGUAAUCUUUUAAAACAAAGAGGUUUUAUGAGAAGCCCGCGUGUUCUACUCAUUCUUCUUCUCCCCUGCACCGAACAAGAGCCCCAGCCAUCGACACAGCACCCACCCUCAAGAAACGAGAAAUUCAGGAUCUGCUCUGCUCUGUUACUUCUAUUUCUAUCCACUGCUCUUCAUUGUGUGGGUGUGAAUUCUUCAAAUUUUUGGAUUCCCCUAAAUUUCCCAGCACUUCCCGCCGGCUCUCCCCCAAACCUGCCAGCUCCGGCCUUACUUGCUGAACUUUUGAAUUCCCUUGAAUUGGCUGCUAUGAUGCUAUUUAUGAAGAUCCCGUGUCUUAGCCUCUGUUUUUGCAAAAGACAAAUGAUUUACAUACAAGCCAUGUUUUCCCAUUUUGUGUCUGUGGGAUUGGGAAACCAAAUUGGUGAAAUUUGGCUCUAAAACCUCUUGUUUAAGAGAUUUUUGGAUAUUAUGAUUUUAUUUAAAAAUAUUUGGACCUUGGGUAGAUAUACGGUUUUGAAUAAAAGUGAGUUAUAUUAUGGCUGAAUUUCGUGUGAAGCUCAUUGGUUAGUAAAUGUGUGAGGUUGUGCUAAUAAUUCUAGUAAGGUCUGAAUGUAUUUAUUUGGAAUAUUAGGUGCUGUUAUGGCUUAGAGCACUUGGAUUGAGUCCUUGGUUUUAUGCGAUUUGAGGAAAUGAAGUUAAGGACAGGGAAAAAUGAGGGGAGUGACGAGUUAGAAGGCUAGCCAUCUUGUAAAUUGAACAUAGAUUUUAGAUAUAAAUCAUGAUCUUGUAAGCUAGACUUUAUUUGGAGAUUUUAUGAUAUUGGAGCAAAUUUUAUAAUUUUAUCUUCAGAUUUUGUGGUAUCAGAGUGUGUUAUGUGAUGGGAAUCAAGACGACAGCAUAUUUACCACGUCAUGUGAUCCAUUACACACCCAAGGAGGUCCAGUCACGUGAGUUAGAACUAAGAAGAUGCGUGAAGCUUUAAAUGGCCUUAUUGAGCAGAUCUGGGUUGAAAACAACAUACAACAAGCAAAUCAAAGCUUGGAUGAUUAUCAAGCCAUGAUAAACAUCAUUCAGGUUUAAGAGAAGCUUAAUUGAGGUCAUUUAUGCUAAAUUACACAGUUUGCGUCAAUCUCGCAAUUCUGUCGCAAUUUGUAACAAACUGAUAUUUCAUGU